AUGUCUGCACGCGAUGCAAUGGCGGCAAUGCUCGACGAAUUGAUGGGCCCGAAAAGAAAUGUCGAGCUUGGAGAAGACACCAAAGUUACUUUUGACGACCCCGAUAUAUGUCCAUACUAUUUGGCUGGAUUUUGCCCGCAUGAUAUGUUUGUUAACACCAAAGCAGAUUUAGGCGCUUGCCCAUUAGUCCAUGAUGACAAUUUGCGCCGAAUGUAUCCGACAUCUCCGGAAUUUGAAAAAUUGGGCUUCGAGAGGAAGCUUCUUCGUUUUUUACUUGAAUUGGAAGAAGACAAUAUGAGAAGAAUCAAGAAAAAUAAGGAUAAAUUAUCAGGAAUGGAUGACCAGGGAAGAAAGAAAAAUGAGGAGGAGAAGCAGAAGAUUGAAAAGGAAAUGGAGGAGUAUGAAGAGCAGCUGAAACAAGUUAUAUUGGACGCCGAAGAGGCAGGAAAUCGUGGAAAUGUUACGAAAUGUCAGGAGUUGGUUGAGAAAUCGGAGGAGUUGAAAUAUUUGAAGAAUCAGUUGGCAGAGAAAUUGGAACAAUUGAACGCAGCUCCACUCCAUCCAAUGGUUCCACCAAUGAUGGAGGAGCUUCAAAUGAAGCCGAUGGAGGUAUGUGAAGUUUGUGGCAGUAUGCUGAUUGUCAAUGACGCCGCAAAUCGUGUCGAGGAACAUUUGACCGGAAAAAUGCACACAGGAUAUCAGAGAAUCCGACAGGCGAUUGAUGAGCUAAAGGAGCGAUUGAAGAAAAAGGAUGAAGCUGAGGCUCAUAUAAGAGAAGAGAGAAGAAAAGAAAGACGCGGUGGAGAUGGAGAUCGUGAACGUCGUCGGAGCAGAUCGAGAGAUCGUGAUCGAAAGCGACGGGUUAGAAAAUUGAUAAUGUUUGUGGAAUCAUGGAUGCCUCAAAUAUUUUCGCGGAAACAUCGCCUACUUCAUUUGUCGGUUUUGUUCUUCAUGUUACCGUUUUGGUAUAGUGCUUAUAAUGAACAAUUCCGAAUGGCUUCUUAUUCUGUGGAAAAGGCGAUGUUCAUGGCUUGGGAGAGGGCCAUUGUCAAACCUGGAGCGAUGUUCAAGAGAGCUGUCGUCGGAUUCAAUUGCAAUGUGGAUCUGAUUGUGAACGGCGUCAAAGUGAUAGAAUCGCUAAACACUUCAAUAAGCGAUGGAAAAGAUCACGAAAGUCUUGUGAAUUUGAAUGAUUUGUCUUCAACGUUUGCCCAUUUCUUUAAACGCGGGGCCGCCGCGGAAAGAUAUAUGUCUUCUGAAGAUGACUUCAAUGUUCUCGUGAGAGAAGCGGAAUCAUCGUCGAGAGCUCAUCAUCAUAUUGGUGGAAAUGCGGCGUUGAUGGCGGAUCGGAUUGCGGCGAAUUUCCCGAGAACAGAGGUUUACCUUGUCGGGCCUAUUGGGCCUCGAAGUCAAGCUUUGCUUCAUCCGGCUGUUAAACGGGCGAAUUCUACGAGAAUUGUUAAGGAUGAGCUUCACGUUAUUCUGGAGUAUAAGCAGGGCGAGAUUCUUGGCGACUGGGUGGCGCCGAGUAGCAGUCGGUUCAUUACCAGCCACGAUCAUUUCAGUGGAUCGAUGGUGGUUGUUGAAAUGUUCUUCAAGGCGAUAACCCAAUUCAAGCCGGACCUUGUCAUUAUCACUGGUGUGCAUUUGCUGGAAUUUCAAAGCAAAGAAAUGCGGCAGGAGAAAGUGCGAAUGAUCAAAAGGAAUUUGCUUCAAGUCAAUCCGAAAUUGCCGAUUCAUCUCGAAUUGGGAAGUUUGGCUGAUUCGAUGUUUGCUGCCGAUGUUCUUAGUAAAAUUAUUCCAUAUGUCGAUUCUCUUGGAAUCAACGAACAAGAGCUGACGUUUCUUUCCCACAUUGCUAACGGACCUUACAUGGAAGAACAUCCGGUUCAAGCGGGAACUGUCCAUGUUUAUAAGGUCGUAGAGAUGCUUCACUGGCUUCUGAAGACUUAUGGCAAGGAUCCGACCAACUCGAAGCCGGCGAAGACUGGAUACCGACUCAGCCGAAUUCAUUUCCAUUGUCUCACGUUCCAUAUAAUGGUGAGCACUGGAACGGAUUGGUCGAAUUUGGCUGCCGGCCUUGCUGCCGGUGCGAGAAUAUCGGGCCGAUUGUCGUGCAACAUCAAUGCGAAUACUCUCGACUCGGAACUAUUGGAAAUACGAACUGCUGCGAGUUUUGUACUUGAUAAAACGACAAUGAGAGCCUAUCAAUUUGAAGCGCAUAACCCAAUUGCUUCCUGGAUGAGAGAUGAUGUUCUUUUCGUGUUCACACCUGUUUUGGUGUGCCGAAUCCCGUCGAAAACCGUCGGAUUAGACGACGCGAUUUCCGCAACCGGAUUACUCUAUUCGCAGUUUUUCCGACCUGUGCACCCAUCUCAUUGACAGCUUCCAUCAAAAGUUUCGAUUGUCCAAAAUUCGGCAAGAUCGAUUCGGAAACGCCCGCCUAUUAGCUCGAAUAUUCUAGACGAAGGUGUCACUUUUGCCGAUGUUCAUAAUGUUGUUCUCGCACCUACUACGAAAUUGCCUUAUCCGGAAAAAGAGCUUCUAAAACAUAUCGAUAAGACCUCAAAGGAUUUAUUGAAGGAUAAGAAUAAAAUGAAGUAUGGCGGAAAGAAAAAAUCGAGCGGCAAAAUCGAUUUUAUGCAUAUCCCUAUUGAAGAGCAUGUUGUGGUGUUGUUUCCGGGUCAGGGGGCCCAGUUUGUUGGAAUGGGAAAGAAGCUGAUUGAGAUACCUGCCGCGAAACGGGUAUUCGAACAAGCUUCCGAAGUUUUGGGCUACGAUAUGUAUAAAUUAUGCCAAGAGGGGCCGGAUUUGAAACUACAGCAGACUUUGUACUGUCAGCCAGCUGUUGUCACAUGCUCGGUUGCCGCAUUCGAAGCGCUUAAAGAGAUCGAUCCGAGUGUUGGCGAGAAUUUGACCGACACUGCUGGAUUUUCAGUAGGCGAGUAUUCAGCGCUGGUUGCUGGAGAGAUGCUCAGUUUCGAAGAUGCUAUUAAGGUUGUUAAAGCCCGCGCGGAAGCAAUGCACGAGUGUGGGCAGCUAAUUAAGAGUGGAAUGUUGACGGUUCGCGUGAAGGCAGCGUCAAAAAUUGAGCGAGCCAUGGCUGAUGCGAGAAAAAAAGCAAUUGAAAAAGGAGAACUUGACGUGUGUGAAAUUGCGAAUUAUCUUUAUUGUGGGGUUCGUGUGAUCGGCGGAAGUGAGACUUGCCUUCGGUUUUUGGAGCAAAAUCAGGAGAAAUAUUUCAUCCAAGCAAUGAAGCGGCUGCACGUGUCGGCGGCAUUUCAUACGAAACAAAUGCAGCCAGCCGUGGAGAAAGUGAUGCUCGCGUUGGGAAAAGUCGACCUGCAAAGGGCCACUUGUAAUGUCUACUCGAACUACACGGGACACAUUUUCGCGGCGAAAAAGGCAGAAGUUCGAGGCGCACUAGCGAAACAAGUCAGCGCACCCGUCAAAUGGGAGCAGAUUCAGCAGCUUCUUUAUCGCAAACAUCAAGAUGAAUUGUUCCCAAGAUUUUAUGAAGUUGGUCCCGGCAGGCAGCUCGGUUCUAUGCUCCUCCAGACGAGUAAAAAAGCUUACAAAAAUUAUAAUCACUUUUUUGAAUAA